AUGGACUCCCAGGAGACUGCGACACUAUUCAGCAUAGCAGAUCAGAAUAAGAGUGGUAAACUGGAUAAGGUUGAGCUAGCAGAUUUUAUUCGGCUUGUUCGACUGAGUGCGAUUCGUUUUGCAACCGACCACUUCAAGGAAUUCGACACAAAUCGUGAUCGGCUCAUAACUGUGGACGAACUGGCACAACUCAUUGAGAACAAAUAUCACGUUCCGUUCGAAAUCACUAGGGAUUUCUUCGCAAAGGUGGACGUUGAUGCUUCCGGAGAUCUCAUUCCAGCUGAAAUCGUGGACUUCCGACAUGAAAUCCGAAAAUACGUGAGUCUUCAUCCGGUGCCGUCUUCUGCGGAACAGGACGAACACGAUGUGAGGUCUAAUCAGCAUAUGCAAACUAAUCGAAUUCCGCGUAGCUAUUUAUUUAUGGAUUGA